CGGAAGGCUUUGAAUUAGGUUCGGAUGUCGUAACGGUAGUUUCAGUUAAAGAAGCCGUUAGGCUAGGAACGGAGUGAAGUGUCCUUGGUUCGUUACUUUUGCGCUUUUCGCUUUGUUUUUCUUCCAACACACUCCUUCCCUUUCUUCACUUUCCACACUCCGUUCAAAUGAACAAGUUGCAAUUAAUCAAAUAGGUGGUGUGGUCGUAGUAGAAGCAUGAGCAUGCCAGCGGAGAAAAUGGCGAAGAAAUCCAUCGGAAGCUUAAUGCGGAAGAAGCUUUCUGACAUCACCAACAACGCCAACAACGCUCCCUCCCAACAACUUCACUCCUUUCCCUCUGACAACAAUUCCAUUCAACAACUCCUCAAGGAAAGAACGGCAUUGAUCCAACUCCUUGCGGAAAGAAACAAAAUGAUUGAAGUGACUGGCGCGGAGCUGCAGAGGCUGAGAGGCGAUGUGAAGAAGCUGCAACUCCAAAAUUGGAACCUCGCGCAGUCAAAUAGUCACAUGUUAGCGGAGCUUAACAUGGGGAGGGAAAGGAUUAAAACUCUGCAGCAUGAAAUUUUGUGGAGGGCUGCUUUGAUCAAAGGAAAGAACAUGAAUGUGCAGGAUAAAGGGGAGAUUGAUUGCGAAGAGAAUCCUACCUUAUCAAAGUUACAGGAAGGAGAUGAAAAGACAGUGCAGCUAUCUCCUGAAGACAGCAAUGAUGAACAACGCAAAUGUAUGAAUAGAAGGCGGAUAAGGAGUAAAUCUACCGUUUCUUCAACUGCUUCGAAGAAUAAAGGCAAAGACAAGGCUAAAGAAAAUAGGAGACGUUUGAGGAGACAUUCUACAACGUUCAAAACCCAUGAACAUGAACCUCUAGAAAAUUUGUUCGAGUUAGAGGAUGCAUAUCUUGUCACUCAAUCUGUACCUAACAAGAUGAGAUCUCCAACUUCAAAAACUGAAAAAGGAGAAAGCUCUGAUGAUUUAAGGAAUAAAGCUUCAAGAUGUUCUUUCGGAAGACCCUUGCGAAGAGCAGUUCAGAAGGUUCAUUCGUACAAGGAGGUUCCGGUAAAUAUCAAACUGCGAAGAUUAGAUUAGACUAAGCUAAAUAACCGAUAGAAUUAUAUAUAACUUUCUUUAUUUAAUUAAUCAUUUAACAUAUGUAUCCUAUGAUGAUGUUGAUCAGUGUAUGUCGUAUGUUGUAUUGUAUCCUAUGUUCCUUGUUCGUUGGCUAUCACCAUUUUUUGUUAGUUCACAAUAACAGUCACUUAGGACGACGAGCCUUAGGUGAAUGUUUCCUUUUCGUGUCUCUUCUAGAUUGUUAUUUACGUCCUCGUUCCUCAAAUAUAAUGAUAAAGUACCAUUUUUAUGUUA